GAUGUCCGCAAAGCGCUGUGGUACUACAUCUAUAAAUGCCUCUUCGUAGUCGUAUCAAUAAAUACAAUUUCGUCCUCUCACCCUCAUUACCCCUGCCCUAAACACCUGCCCUCCGUGUGAAUAAGCUAUCCAACGAUGGCGGCAUUAUCGUCGAGACCAUGGUGGAAGGACGCAGUCUGCUACCAGAUCUACCCCGCGUCGUUCAAGGACUCCAAUGGAGACGGGCUGGGAGACAUUCCGGGUAUCCUGAGCAAGAUCGAUUAUUUGAAAGAUCUCGGUAUCGACGUGGUCUGGGUUUCGCCCAUGUUUGACAGCCCCCAAGUUGACAUGGGAUACGACAUUUCGAACUAUGAGAAGGUCUAUCCUCCGUACGGCUCAGUCAAAGACAUGGAGGCCCUCAUCGAAGCCUGCCACAAGGGGGGCAUGAAGUUGAUUCUAGAUCUCGUCAUCAACCAUACGUCCGACCAGCACGCCUGGUUCAAGGAAUCGAGAUCGUCCAAGGACAACCCGAAGCGUAGCUGGUACAUCUGGAAACCUCCUCGGUAUGCAGAGGACGGCACUCGUCUACCGCCGACUAACUGGAGGAGCUACUUCUCUGGGCCGACUUGGGAGUACGAUGAGCACACCGGCGAGUACUAUCUGCACUUGUUUGCCAAGGAGCAACCGGACCUCAACUGGGAAAACGAAGAGACCCGGAAGGCCAUCUAUGACAGCGCCAUGUGUUUCUGGCUUGAUAAGGGGGUCGACGGGUUCCGGGUGGACACGGUGAACAUGUACUCCAAGGGCGUCGAAUUUAAGGACGCCCCCAUUGUCGACGGCAGAUUCUACGAGCAACCGGCAUGGCUGUACUACGCCAACGGCCCGAGAAUGCACGAAUUCCUCCGAGAAAUGAACCAGAACGUACUCAACAACUACGACGCCGUAACCGUAGGCGAGCUGCCACACACUUCAGACCCCAAAAAAGUCCUCGAGUACGUCGGGGCAGGCGACAAGCAGCUGAGCAUGGUAUUCCAGUUCGACAUAGUCGAUCUCGGCCAGGGGCGCGAACACAAGUACCACUUCGAAGAAUGGAAGCUGCCGCAACUCAAGGAUAUCGUGGCCAAGUGGCAGCAAUUCAUCGAGGGUACCGACGGGUGGACGACUGUUUUUUGCGAGAACCACGACCAAGGCCGGUCCGUCUCACGCUACGCCUCCGACGCAGCGCACGAGCGGGCGCCCUCGGCCAAGCUCCUCGCGCUGAUGCUGUGCGCGCUGACGGGCACGCUCUUCGUCUACCAGGGGCAGGAAAUCGGCAUGACCAACGUGCCGGCCGGCUGGCCGAUCGAGUCGUACCGCGACAUCGAGUCGGUCAACUUCUACCGGGCCAUGGCCGCGCGGACGCACAACGACCCGGCCGAGCUGGCCUACGUCAUGCGCAGCCUGCAGGUGCUCGGCCGCGACAACGCCCGCCUGCCGAUGCAGUGGAGCGCGGAGCCGCACGCUGGGUUCACGGAUUGUGAGCGUGGCCCGUGGAUGAGGGUGCAUGAUUUGUAUGGGGAUGUCAAUGUUGAGAGGCAGGUGAGGGAGGGGGAGGGGUCGGUGUUGGGGUUUUGGAAGAGGAUGAUUCGGUUUAGGAAGGAGCAUGCGGAUGUGUUGGUGCAUGGUGCGUUUGAGGGUUUUGGGAUGGAGGAUGAGCGGACGUUUGUGUUUGGUAAAAGGGUUGGGGAGAAGAGGGCGGCGGUGGUUUUGAACUUUACCGGCGAGGAGCAGACAGUCGAGUUGCCGGAAUAUGAAGGCUUGGUAUUGAAGGUUGGGAGUUAUGAGGAUGCUGAGAACCAAGAGCUGGGAGCCGAGGGAAGAAUCAGGAAGUUGAGGCCAUGGGAGGGACGGCUGUACCUGGCGGGUUGCUAGCUGGGGUUCUCCCUGCCAUCUCUCCUUGCCAUCUCUCCUUGAUGGACGGGAUGGGAAGGGAUGAGAUGGAAAGAGAUGGGAUGAAAUGAAUUGAGUGCAGACCGAUCCAGCGUUCCAUCGACUAUUGAUUUCUCAAACGGAUCUCAACAAAAUGGGGAACCAGGUACAAAACAUUGAGGACACGCAUGCAUCUCUCUUAUCGGCGACUUUGCAUGCACCUUGCCCUGCCUGCACGAAACAAAAAUCGGUGGUCAACCCUAGCUCAAAACA